AAAUAGUACUGAUUUUAACUUCUGUGCGUUAAGAAGCUAACGAUAAAAAUGGAGCAGUGGAAAAAUCGAGUGGCUGUUGUGACCGGAGCUUCUGCGGGUAUCGGGGCAGCCAUUGUCAAGGAUCUCGUGAAGGCGGGCAUGAUAACGAUUGGAUUGGCCAGGAGAUCUGAGAGAGUUGAAGCUCUGAAGAAGCAACUUCCGGCAAAUCUCCAAGGAAAUCUUCAUGCUGUCAAGUGUGAUGUGUCCAAAGAGGAAGAUAUUGUGAGAGUGUUCGAUUGGAUAGAGACGAAAUUCCAUGGAAUCGACGUGUUGAUCAACAACGCCGGGAUUGUACGUGACACUGAAUUGAUCAAGGAGGGAAAUUCUGUGCCAAUUCGCGAAAUAAUUGACACGAAUGUCUUCGGUGUUGUCUUUUGCACGAGAGAGGCUUACAAGUCGAUGGCAAAUCACGGCAGAAAUUCCCAUAUUGUUCACAUCAACAGUAUCGCAGGUCAUGGAUUCACGGGCAAUUUGCAAAUGCCUUCCCUCAACAUCUAUCCUCCGAGCAAGUGCGCCUUGACAGCAAUCACGGAGAUUCACCGUCAGGAAUUCAUCCGGAGCAAGCAUCACAUUAAAGUGACUUCUGUUAGCCCAGGAGCCGUGAAAACGGAAAUCGUUCCAGAUGAGCUCAUUGCUAAAUUUAAUAUGCAAGAAAUGCCCAUUCUGCAAGCUGAGGAUGUUUCUCAAAGUGUCCUGCAUGUCUUGGGAACGCCUCCUCAUGUUCAAAUCCAUGAGUUGACCAUCAAACCAUUCGGAGAGAAAUAUUGAAAUGUAGUCUAACAUUAUGAUUAAAAUUGCGAUAGUAAAUGAUAGAUUUAAAGCUUUUUAUGGUUCAUUUAAAUCAGUCAAAAGCCGUUGAAAGCACGCGCACGUGUUUUACUCUUCUUUUCCCUCAAACACUCGCGUAAAAUUGAUAUAAAAUGAAAUUUAGACCAUGGAGAGACAUAGAAAAUUGGUCUUCUCGGUGAAAAUGAGAGUGAGAAAUCGGUGCCAAAAUCUCAGAGGUCCUAAUGUAAUUAACGCUUCUGAGUGAGAGCCAGUUUAUCAAUGAAUUGAGGUAUUUGGACCACAAUAAGUGACUCAGGAGUCAAAAAUGGCCAUGGAUGCGCUUCGGUGUGACUGAGGGACGGAAGUAUCAGUCAUUUAAACUAUCUACUUGCUGCCUCGACAGGAAUUUUAUCUCUCAUAUACUUUUCUUUCUCUUUCUCCAUCUCACAAUGCUCGCCGUGCAU